GGGGGGGUGUAUAGACGCCCAGAGAGAAAAGAGCCAAAUUCAGCAUUUUAUGGACGAAACCUGAGCCGGGAGUUUACUACAAGUCUGUAUUGAUGAUGGCGGAUUUUGUUACACCGCGACACAGCGCGGUGAUGGAGAGGCUCCGCCGGAGGAUCGAGCUCUUCCGGCAGCAUCACAACAGCUGCGAGAGCCGCUACGAGAACGCGACGCUGGAGCGGCUGGAGCUGGAGAGGCAGCAGACCUUCGCCCUGCACCAGCGCUGUCUGCAGGCCAAAGCCAAGCGGUCCAACAAACACCGGCAGCCCCAGCCCAGCGGCGACCAGGCCGGCCAGAGAGCGCCGGGCAGCGGAGGCGGCAGCGCGGAGCUCGGGGAGAGCGGAGGGACGGCGGCGGAGCAGAGCCGGAAUAGCACCCUGAUAGCGCUGCAGGAGACGGUGAAGAGGAAGCUGGAGAGCGCUGGUUCUCCUCUGGGCCGAGAUCAAGUCAACGGUUUCAGCGACGGUUUUCCCCCCAACAAGAAGGCCUGUCUGGACAACGGCACCGCCAACGGCUCCCCGCUGGACUCCAAGCUGGGCAUCAGCGACGCCUUGAACUCUAACGGGACCCACGGGCCGGCAGGGGAGUCCACGGACAGCAGCGAGCCGGGAUCGGACUUCCACCGGAAGGAGAUGAAGCAGGAGCCGGACGACAUCCUGCCCAUCAUGCCGCCGUCGGGAGGAGGGAACAACAGCCUGUUCCCCGACCUGAACCUGAACGAGCAGGAGUGGACGGAGCUGAUGGAGGAGCUGAACUGCUCCGUGGCCUACGAGGACAUCCAAGACAUUCUCAAUGACGGCUUCGAGGACCGCAAGGACCCUCUGGAACUGGCACCCACUCCGGGUGGUGGGGGGGCUUCGUCACAGGGUCUACUUCCUCCAGAUCUGGUGAGCGUGAAGGCGGAGUUCUCUCCGGCCUCUGCAGUUUUUGAGCAGGACUCUCGCACCGGCUCCCCCCACGUCAGGUCCACCUCCUCCGGGCCGCAGCCUCACCCCACCAGCUCCCCCGUCGCCUCCUCCUCCGCCUCUUCUCCGGCUCUGCCCCCAUCCCAGCCGGCUCCUCCCCCCAGGCAGCUUCAGCCUCCCCCAAACCACCUCCUCCCUCCGGGGCCCCCGGUGCCCAAAGACCUGUCCCCCGCCCAGCAGCUCCAGCAGCUGGCCGCCCAGCAGCAGCGAGCGGUCCAACACCUCCACGGCCAGAUGCAGCACAAACAGCCACAGCCGGGGGCCAAGUUCCACAACCAGGCGCCCCACGCCCACCCCCCACCUUGGUCCCAGAUGGCCAACACCUCUCAGAGCCCACUAGGGGGCGCAUUUGGUAUGGACAAACCCACGAGCCCCUCCCUGUACCCCCAGGACUUCAACCCCAAUGCCCAGAAGCAGCUGCUGAUGCCCGGUCAGCCCAACAAGGGCUCUCCCAAGGCGGGGGCCGGCGGCUACAUGCCGGGCCCCGGCGGGCACCCCAACAUGCUGGGUCACCCGACGCCAGGGCCUCCUCUCAGUCACCCGCCAGCCCCCGGAGCUCAGGCCCAGGCCGCCAUGCUGAACUACAACAACACCAAACCCCUGUCGCACUUUGAGGCCGGGCCCGGACCACCGAGGCCCCCCAACAACCAGAACCAGAACAAGGCCGCCCUGCUGACACUGCUCAGACACCAGCAGCAGAUCAAACAGAAGAACAGCAUGAACUUCCGUCAGCAUAUACCACACACACAGGACCAGAACAACUACCCUGCUCCUCCACACGGCCCGGGCCCCGCCAACAGCAUGGCGUCUGCGCCCGGAAACAACAGCAUGGCAACGCAGCCGGGGGCCAACGCCAUGACAAGUAACCAUGGCAACACGGCGUACCUGAGCAGCCAGGUGGCAGCGGUGCUGAAGCAGCAGCAGCAACAGCAGCAGCAGCAGCAUCAGCAGCAGAUCCUGGAGCAGCAGAAACAGCAGCAGCAGUACAUGCAGAGGCAGCAGCUGAUGGCUGAACAGGAGAAGCAGCGGCAGCAGCAGGACCAGCAGCUUCAGAGACGCCUGACCCGACCUCCGCCACAGUACCAGGACCAGCCGGGACAACCGGCCAAUCAGAACCCUUUCCCACAGCAGCCAGUCAACCAGUUUACAGCUUCCUCUCAGCCAAUGGGCAGCGUCGGCUCCAUGGGAGGCCCCGCCCCCGGGUCACAGCGUAUGUUCCCUCAGAACCAAGGCAUGAUGGGAAUGAACAUGGGUCAGGGCGGUGGGCCGGCAGGCGGCGUAGCUCCGCCCCCUGCGGCGAGCCAGGCUGACAUCAGUCUGCCCUCCUGCGGGGGGGGAGGGGGUGGCGGCGGCGUGGAUGUCCAGCAGCACCUCUACAACAACAUGAACCUUCACCCCAACCACCCGGGUCACCCGCCCCAGCAGCCCGGCCUGCAGCGCCAGCCUCUGGGCGCCAUGAGCGCUCAGUACAGACAGAACCUUCUGGCUCAGCAGCAGCACCUGAAGACGCAGCCCAAUGCCGCCAUGUUGAAGCAGCAGCAGCUGGCCGCCGCCGCCGCCCGCAUGCCGGGCUCCAUGCAGAACAGCAUGGGGGCCAACCUCCCUGGCUCCAUGUCCGGCGGCUUACAGGGGGCACAGAGCGCCGCCUGGCAGCAGCAGCUCGCCAACCAGCCGCCCUCCAGUAACACCGGCCUGCCCCCCAACGCCUUCAACAACACGCCCAACGCCUUCCACAUGCAGCAGCAGCCUCGCAUUCCCAAGAUGCCGCCGGGCUCCACACCCUUUGGUGCAAACCCCGGAGGUCGCCCAAUGGGAGGAAUGAACCCCGGGCAGCAGAUGAUGCAGACAAACAUGGCUGCCGCCCAGCAGAGGGCGCCGCCCAACCCUCAGAGCCUGGGCCAGCCGAUGGCCAAUCAGCAGCAGACUCAACAGCAACAGGCCAAUCAGAACCAGGCUGUCCUCCCCGACAUGACGGCGUUCGGACAGCCGCAGGGCAACGGCCGCCAGGGACUGCAGUGUAACCAAGGAUACCAGGUGAGCAGGACUGCCAGUCAGCAGCAGCAGGUGUCGUUCGGAUACAACGUGGCGUCGGGGAGCUUCGCCGCCGAGAGCGACCUGGUCGACUCCCUGCUGAAGGGUCAGAACCCCCAGGAGUGGAUGGCCGACCUGGACGAACUGCUCGCCAGCCACCAUUAGUCAAACACACCUGGAGCACCUGAACCUGAAGACGAGCGGCCAUGUUGAAAAGACUGAUUUCUGAUAUUGAGACCAACACUGUUCUGAUCUGUGUGUUAGCGUUAGCCACCUAGCUAAUGAGAAGCGACCAGGUGUCCUGCUAAACUCAUGAAGGUUUCAGACACUGACCCGUGGACGAGGAGUUUCCUCCCUGAUGAUCAGGUGAUGAUCUCCCGCCACAGGUGUGUGAGCAGCUGCAGGAAGAGGUUAGAGACGGAGAGCAGGUGAAUCGGCGUCCUUCAGGUCUGUCUGCUUCUUGCUCAAAGACACUUCAGCAGAGGGAGAGUGAGCGCUCCGUCAGCUGAUCACUGGAGGUUUAACAUGAAUGAAACUCAUCAUGACGCCAGGCUCCGUUCACAAAUCUGGAAAUUUAACAAACGCUCGUUGUGAAACUUUCACACCUGGUAGAACAGAACUCGUCCUGAUCGACAGGUAAAUGAUCCACAGUCUGAAAAUGAACCAGUUCAGUUUGAGAACAGUUUAGAAAUAAAUAGACGCUUAAUAUUCGUCUGGACAGUCACUAUUUUAAAAGACGGUGUAACAGAAACUUUCAUUUUGUACAAUUUAUAUAAAUUAAAAUCAUAUAUAUUGUGAUUAAAUAACUUGGUAACAC